UUAGAGAAAUGUCGAAAAAUACGAAGAAAAACAAAUUCGGAAGAGGCUGGAGGUCAUUUCCACUCCGUUCAAAACAACAUUUAACAGAUAAGGAGUCCUUAUAUAUACCCUGAAAAGAAUCCAAAAGACAAGCCAUUUGUACACAAGAUUCCUCUACAAGUGAAUUUCUAAUCUUCUCAUCAACUUCUUCAUUAAGUAAAAUAUUCGUCCAGAAUGGAAAGUCUUUUUGUAAUUGUGGUAUUAUCUGCGACGAUCGCUGUAUCAUUAGGAUAUUCGAGCUGCACCAGUUCUCGACAGAAUCAAUUGAAAAAUGGAAAUUCGCCCAUAAUUCACCAAUGCGACGAAAACGGUGAUUAUCUACCGCUGCAACAAACCGUUGGCGCCCCUCACUGGAAAUGGUGUUUCGACAAGGACGGUGGUACUCUGAUGGGUCCUUCAAAACAAAUCGAAACCUGUGUUUGUCCCGUGAAGAAAGUUGCUUCUGAAGAAGCAGGUGAGCGUGUGCCCGAAUGCGAUGACAAAGGCUAUUUCUCUGUGGUGCAAAAGGAAGGCGCUAACAAAUGGUGCGUGGAUAGGAAUACAGGAGAAAAGACGUCCGAGUUAUACCCAAUUGAUUCAGAAAUUAAUUAUGGCGAUGCGCGAAGUACGGAACCCAUUGGUGCUUUUACAAUAAUAGGGAACUCGACUUCUCCGAACUCUCUCUUUGCAAGCAGACAUUCGUCUGGAGCAAUUUGUAAAAAGACAUUAGGUAGAAAGUCAAUUCUUCCUGCGAAUAUCGAAAAAGAGCUGCUGGAAUAUAUAUUAUUGAUGGAAGUCAUAUUUUUCUAUUAAAAAUGCAUUUUUGCGAUGAAAUACAUUGGAGUGAACAAUUUUGUAAUUAUUUACUUCAAUUUUUUGCACUUUCCUAUUUGUUUUUGGCUACAUUAAACCAUUUUUUCAAAAUACAGUAGAACCCCUGUGGUCCGCUUUCGGCUAGUCCGUCGCUCCGGUUAAUCCGACCGUGGUCGUAGUCGAGAAACUUGUCCCGACUCGUCGGUGACUCACCG